AUGGUGGACGAACAGACAGCUUUGAUCGGGCUUGAUACUCCUGUACCAACAAGGUCCUGGAAGCUGACCGUUUUCGUUGCCUGCUUAAACCUCUUUGCGAUGAACUUCGUCAACUAUGCCCUUAUUCCUAUCAUUCCGGAUUUGUUGGCUCAAAGCCAUGUCAACCCUGGCCACUGUGCGGAUUCCUCUAUGAUUGUAGGGCUCUGGGCUUUUGUGCGAGCAGUCUCUGGUACUCUCGUUAGUAUUGUUGCGGACGAUAUCCAUAACAUGAGAAAAUCAACUCUCAUCUCCCUGGGGCUAAUGGCAGUCUCUGCACCCCCUAUGUUUGUCUGCUCUGGUAUCAGUCAGCUAGUUCUUGCACGCGGGUUGCAUGGCGCAGCAUCCGCUGCCAUUAUGGUAUCGAGUAUGUUUCUCGUCAGUGUCCAGGUUUCAAGUCAGGAUAACGGAGCAGCCAUGGGUUGGAUCGCUCUGGCCAUGACACUCGGUUGUCUUUUUGGAUCGGCAACUGGCGGCCCGUUAUAUCAGUACGCCGGGGGUGUCGGUAUCGUGGUAACCAGCGAAGUGCUGAUCUUUUCCAGCGUUUAUCUAACGAUCUAUGAGAGCAAACGGUAUAAAAGGUGCGCCACCACCGUGGGUCAUAGUUCUCAGGAAUUGGCUCAAACCAGUGCAGACAUUGAAAGUGCACUGGAUAAGCCAUUGCUUGGCAGCUUAGGCCAUCGCAUGAAAGAUUAUUCUGAUACAUUUCUCUUCCUCGUCCGACAACGCAAGGUCAUUACCAUGCUUUUCUCCAUGACAAUACCCUGCAUUUGCAUGGCAUGCCUCGAAGCUGUACUACCGUCUUUUAUGAAGAAACACUUUGGAUGGAGUCAGACGCAGAUGUCUCCUGUCUGGUUUCUGCAAUCCUUCCCCCAGAUUGCGAGUCCUCUAGUUGGCAAAUUAGUGGACCGACAUGGCACAAGACUUAGCUUUUGCAGUGGCUUUACUACGACCGCGUUUGCGCUGACCUGUAUGGCCCUUGUCCAACAGGACAGCAUCGUGGAGGUAGGCAUUUUCGGGACAAUGAUCGUUGUAAUGAACGUGGGGACGUUGCUUGUCGUCAUUCCGUCAAUGGCAAGCGUAUCUAAAUCUAUGGAUCUUGCCACCGAACAAGGACAGUCAGAGCCUGGCAGAGCAGUCGCUCAGUUCAGUGCUUUGCUGAACCUCGCCAUGACUGUACCGGGUAUGGUGGGCCCCACGUGGGGGAAUAUCGCCAUGGAGAUUGGGGGUUGGACCACCCUCUGCCUUUCCCUGGCAUCUCUCAACGCCGUAGGCUGGCUCACCAUCCCAAACCGAGAAACAAGGGACGAGCUCGAAAUCAAUGAAACAUUGGACGAAACAUAG